GCAGAGACAAAGAGAAAGAAGAAGAAAACGAGAAGAAAAUCAAAAAAGAGCAAAAGAGAAAGAAGAGGAAGAAGAGUGGAUAAAGCAGGACGAGUUCCAAACGGCGUCAUCACCUGAGGGGGUGAAGCUAGAGGAAAUGGCGUGUCGGCUGUUUGGCUGUUGGACUCCUCUUUGCAUCGUCCUCUUCCUGCUCAGUAGCAUCUCGGCUGACCCGUCCUUGACACCACGAUACGUCCUCCACAGCACCAGGGGCACCUUCGAUGACGCCAUGCAGCGCUGCUCGCCCGGCGUCCUCACCACGCUCGCCACCAACCAGGAAGUCGACGACAUCCUCAAGCUCGUCUCCAACUCGGUGCCACUUCAGGACGAUUUCACCUUCUGGCUCGGGCUGAGGAAGGCCAAGAACGAGUGUGUGGUUCCUGCGCAGCCGCUCAGAGGAUUCAGGUGGACGGCGGACGGCAGUGAAGAGUCGCAGGUGAGCCGCUGGGCCGAGGAGCCGGUGCUCACCUGCACCGGGGUCCGAUGUGCAGCGCUGAAGGGGCAGUUUGACGGGUCGACAACUAGCUGGGGUCUGAUCCCGGUCAAAUGUAAGAACGAGUACCCGUUCAUCUGCAAGCUGAAGGGCGGGCUGACAGAAGGGUCACCGGAGGGUGAACAGGCCACUGUUAAUCCAGAACCAGAACCAGUGACAACUGAACCAAAACCAGCAGCAACAGAACCAUCCAAACCAGCUACACCUAAAACAAGACCUGCAACAUCAGAACACGUGCCAACUACACCAGAACCUGAACUUCCUACAGAAGAACCAGAACCUGAAUUGGUUCCUGGUCCUGGUCCAGACCCGAUGUCAGAUGCAUGUCUGCACCCCAUCAUCCCCGGGACUCGCUCCCUCAGUCUUGACCCUGACAACAGCAGCCGGGUCCAGGUGGAGUGCUGGUCCACGGUCCGGCUGGACCUGUUCUGUUCAGGUCGACCUGCAUUGUGGCGAACGCUGGACGGCUCACCGGCCAACUUCAGCACCGUCUGCCUGCAGUGUUCGCACGGCUUCCAUAAAGACGCCGCCGGACGUUGCAUGGACGUGGACGAGUGCGCCGACCCAACCCGCACCCCCUGCAAGCACACCUGCCUGAACACCGAGGGCUCCUACAGGUGCGUCUGCUCCGACGCCGACGGGAAACAGCACGACGAAGGUUCUCUGACCUGCCAGGACCUGGUGAUGGUCGAGGACGGUGGCGCACUGUCGGGCAUCCUGGUCCCGGUGCUGAUCGCUGUGGCGGCGCUGGUGGUGCUGGUGGUGGUCGUCGCGGUGACGGUGAAGUGCUGCCUGAUGAGGCGGUCGAAGAAACGCGCCAUAAAGGCAGCGGAGAAGAUGGCGAUGAAAAGCAAACAGCAAAAGGACGCCUUCCAAACAGCCAAUGAGAAGACAGCAACAUGAUUACGCAGCGCUGUGAUUGGUUGUUUUCAGUGACAUCAUCAGUGACAGUUUACUGUUGGAUGAAAGUAUUAAAGUUCAUUUGAGUUUUUAAACUAAAACCUCAUCAAAUUUUUAAAUCUUUAAAUCAGACAUUUUAAAAGCAAAUGGAAGUUUUUGGUUUAUUUGCCAUUUUCUUCAGUUUACGGUAAAUUAAUCUGCACAGUCUGAAUACAGCAACCAGACUCACCUGUUUUUUACCUGAACUCUGUCUGACAGGCAGCCCCUUAAAAAGUCCUGCUCUGUUAAUUAGAAACACAAUGUUCGUCAGUGUUUGUGUUGAUGUGUUGGAACUAGAUUUGGUAAGAAUAUAUCUCUACUACUUUAGAUACUUUAGCUUCAUGUGAGAAAUAAUGAUUAAUGAGUUGUAAUUAACCCAAUUAGUUGACUGGACUCUGACAAAAAAUAAAAUGUCAACACAAAAUUGAACAUUUAAGUGCUCUUCAAUUAUUAUAUUGGUAUUUUUACAUCACUAAAAGUUCUAUAUUUUAAAUAGUAUUAUUUAAGAGACAAAAAGUGGAACUACAUUAUAAAUCAGGUCAUUUGAUAUUUUUUAAAUUGUAAUUUUUAUACAAAUAUAAUUAAAUAUUUGUUUUUCAAUUACAUAUUAGUAAUCUCAGCUGUUUCUGUUUUUCAUAAUUGCACACUCAGUCAGAAACAAUCUGUGCUGGAUAUUCAUUUAAAUCCUCCAGGAGUCCAGUUUAAUCUGCUGAUGGUUUUUAACUGUUUAAUUGGAUCUGCUGUAUUCCUGUUUCUGGGUUUUAAAUUAAACUUUUUGAAAUUUAA